AUGCAGCCUGACUGGCGAACGCCGGUCACCCAGUACUUGAGCGACCCUGGGCCAGGGUUUGACCAAAGGAUCAGAGAUAGGGCGACGGGAUACGUGCUGAUUGGGGAAGACCUUUAUAAAAAAGGGAAGGAUGACUUGUUGCUCAAGUGUGGCAGCCUGAAUGAGGCAACGCUGGUCAUGGUCAAAGUUCAUGAGGGCAUCUGCGGAGCGCACCAGGCCAGGCCAAAGAUGAGAUGGUUGAUCCGGCGUCAUGGGUAUUAUUGGCCAACCAUGACUACAGACUGCAUCAAAUACGCUAAGGGGUGUUGGGCGUGUCAGACUCAUGGGCCAGUGCAGCGGUUGCCAGCGACAGAAUUCAACCCAGUGGUUAAGCCGUGGCCAUUCAGGGGUUGGGCAAUGGACCUCAUAGGGAAGAUUACCCUGCCUGCAAUGCAGGGGCAUUGCUUUAUUAUUGUGGCCAUAGACUAUUUCACCAAGUGGGUUGAGGCCGUGCCAAUGAAGGGCGUCAGUCAGGCCGAAGUCAUCAAAUUCCUCAAAAGCCACAUCAUUCACAGGUUUGGGCUACCAGAGACUGUUACUUGCGACAAUGAAAGCGUUUUCAUUGGGGAUGAGGUGGUGGCAUUUACAACAGAGUUAGGGAUAACAUUCACCCAUUCCACCCCAUAUUACGCACAAGGCAACGGUCAGGCCGAGGCAAGUAACAAGAUUCUCAAAGGUUGUUUAGCGAAGGUUGUGGAUGACAACCCAUGGAGAUGGGCGGACAUGCUUUCUGAGGGACUUAUGCCAACGGCCUACAGCGAGGUGAUGAUGACCGAGCUCGAUGACCUAGAAGAGGAGCGCUUGGCCAUGCUGGAUAGGAUGCAGGUCCAGAAGAGGAAGGUUGUAGCUAUCUACAACAAAAGGAUAUGCCUAAAGCACUUCCAGGAAGGGGACAUACUCCUGAAGGCCAUACUCCUGGUGGAGACAAAGGACCCCAGACUGGGCAAAUGGUCCCCAACAUUGGAAGGACCCUUUACGGUCUGCCAGGUGCUCCGAGGUGGGGCCUAUAGGCUGCGUGACUUGAAAGGAUGCGUCCAGAUCAGGCCAAUCAACGGCAAGUUCCUUAAGGGUUUUCAUCCUAUAAUUUAG